GAUACAUCCCUCAUUUCAUAGAUUUAGCAAAAAGCGAAAAACAAAAAUCCACGGCAAAUCGAAGAUGCUCUGAAAAGCAAUAGCAUCUUGUUUAAACAGUAAUACAAUUCCCUUCAUGAAUGGAGGAAGGCUAGUUGAUGGGUUCUUGAAUUGAAAAUGAAGAAUUGGACCUGAUGAUUUGCAAUACAGUUGGCUAGGUCAUGUGUCAGAUAGGUGGAAGUAGAAGAAGAUACCUAGUUUUGUUUCAAGUAUCAGUGGGCUGCUAAAAUUACAGGUUGUGUCUGCAUUAUACCACCGUUGUUGUGGAAUUUCAGCGUCUGAACAGAGCAUUGAAUAUGGAAAUACGAAGAUCCAUGAGAUACAAGGAAGUAGUUGGCUCAUCUGUUACGAUUUUGAGUCGAGCUCCACUUUGGAAGAUUUUCUUUCGGAGAAAGGAGUUGUUAUCGACUUCGACGCUGUAUGCGCUGUAGCUUGUGACGUCAUCAGCGCCAUAGAACGUCUGCAGGAUUAUAAGAUGGCUCAUAACAACAUCACAACUGGCAACAUUUUGAUCAGCCAGUGUUCAAGAGUACCUCCGAUCAAAGCCGUUUUGGGUGGAUUCUCUCAAGCCUCUACCUUGAAUGGUGCAGGUGCGUUCAUAAACUCGGCUGUCGACGAACAGAGUUGCCAUGGCCAAGACAUUGAGCAGUUUGGACAUUUGCUAGCUACCUUAUUAGGACACUGCCAUGGCUCCAGUGAAUACGUUAAGUUGCAUGAGAUUAUGAACCUGUGUUUCGAGGAUACAGAGAAGGGGCCUAAAGCAAGUUACAUCCGCGAUUUAUUGGAAGAAACGUGGUGCGCUGAGGGAGUUUGGGAUACAUACCUAUGAGGAAAGUAAAAAAAACAUUCGAAAUUGGUUGCUUCAUCACAUUUGGUACCGCGUUUGAAAUAGUUGCAUGAGUGAAAUCGACGAUUUCUCAGAGUAUUUGGUCAGCUUUUUUACAUUACCUUUAUUGAAACAAGAAACGUCUAUCGACUAUUUGCGGAACAUCGAAAAUUUGCUGUAUAGGUGCUCUCUAUCAUGGAUAGGUCGUCGUAGAAGCAGAAAACCACUGCCUUACGAAAUGACUACGCAACUAUCACAUUUGGUAGAUUUUAGAAAUGUUUGUCGAUUCCUUAUUUAUCAAUAAUAAUAAUAAUAAUACUAAU